UAUAAAUAUAUAUAUAUAUAUAUAAAAUUGUUUUUUGAUAGUCAUCAGUAUUAUGACAGUAUCUAUUCAUAUCAAUAACAGAUUGCAACUAUCUAUUUAAAAAUAAGGCAUAAUAUAUUAAUUCAGAAGAAGUUAUGUAGUGAAUUGUGAAAAAAAAAUAUUUUCUUGUUUUAACAAAAAUGGCAAUUGAUAAGCCUGACUCAUCUAACUUUAUUGGAUUUCCAAGAAGUGUUUCAGAAAUAAUUUACGAUUGUUUCGAUUAUCAUCAUAAACCAGGUAAUAAUAAUUUUACAAAAUUGGAGAAUAAUAUGACUAAUUCCAUACAUGAAGACAGCGUUAUGAUUCAUGGGGAUACAAUUGAAAUUACUUAUUUAAAUGAAACAUAUUCGAGAUCAAUUAACUCUUAUUGUCCAAUAUUACGAAGUCAAUCAACAGUUGCACAUAUAAGUAUGGCAGUAGCUUCAAUUACUAUGUUCGCUCACUUUAUCAUGGUAUUCUCUGUAAAUAAAAGUUUGAGAAGACUUUAUGGGAAUUGUUUGUCGCUUAUUAUUUUAUUCAAUUCACUACACAAUGGAGUCUUAUUUUUUAGUGCAUACAUGCCAUCAACAAUUAGUUUCAAUAUGACUAAUAAAGAAGUAACUUAUUUUACUAGAGAAAAUAUGUUUUUUAACUGCCGAUUCAUGGAUUUCCUAACACAUUAUCUUAUUCUGUCUAUAUAUCUUGGAAUAUUUUUCGGUCUGUUUGAGCACCAUUUACAAUUGAAUCAUUGUUACAAGCAUUCAUCCAUCAAAACAAAAUCAUGGAAUUUCAAAUCACCUCACUGUUUGUGGAAAAAACAGAAAUGUCCAAGUACAUCUUGUCAAAAAACAAAGUAUAAUGAUUGGUUUACUAAUUCAUGUGCAAUAACUGGUGUUCCAAAGGGCAAUUUUGUUAGAAAAUUUCAAUGUGUUAUAACACAACCAGAAGCUAAGUUCAAAACAGUUCGGUCAUUAGAGCGAAUUAAGAAAGAUCAAGAAAGAAAAACAAGAUUUGUAGCACUGAAAAAUGGAUAUUCCAGUCAUCAGAGCAAUAUAAUUCCACGUGUCAUUAAUAAUGAUGUAAGGAUGCAUAAUAAUCGUAUGCGGAAUUUCAUUGUAAUAAGUGCUAUUGUUUGUUUACCAAUUUUUCCGACAACCUAUGGAAUUUGGGCUUCAUAUUAUUUAAAUUUGAAUAGCAUAUGGAAUCCUGCUUAUGGAAUUAUUACAUGCGGCAAUCUAGGUGGUUGUUUAACUGCUUACCAAUGGUUAAUGCAUAUACCAGUUGCUUUUUUAUGUUUUGCAUCUAUUGUUCUUAUUAUUUUAAUAUCAAUUAAAACUGAUACAAAUUGUCUUAUACAAGCUCAUUUUUCAUCACAGUCAGUGGAUGUGAAAGCACGUUUUCGAAUGUUUAGCAAAAUGGCGAUAAGUCAUACCUUCUUAUGGAUACUUGCAUUCAUAUCAAAUUAUAUAUGUCAUACUAUUGUAUGGCAAUUCUACGGAAUUUUUAUAGCUUUACAAAGUCUUUAUAUUAUUGUUAGUUUUACAUUUUCACGACCAUUUUUAGAAGUAUUAUUUAAACGUGAUGAUCCAUUAGGACGUUUAAAACUAGAUAAUUUAGCUAUGCAAUUACCAUUGGGUGUGUUUCACAGUCAUAGAUCAAUUCCAAUGUCAUCAAAUGUAGGUAGCUCAGUUAUAAGUCCACUUAGUAAAUAAUUUCUUAUAUGCCUGUAAAAUCCCGAAAAUGUAAUAGAAAUAUAUAUUUUUUUAAUAACUGAUUUCUAUGGUUAUUUCUAGAAUAUGGUUUUUAUUGCUUAACUAUGACUGCAUGUACUUUUUUACAAUAUGAGUAAUACAAGCAAUAAUUACAAUGUAAAUGUUAAGAUUCGUUGAAUUCUUUUUUUAAUUGUUCAUAUGAGUGAGAUGAGAAGAAAAGGAUUAGUUUUAUUCAUUAUUGUUAGCGAAUUAUUUUUCAUUCAUGUGCUAUAUACUACUGGUUUCGACUUAUAAAAGUCCGACUGUUAAUCUGACUAUAAAUAAGUCAUACAAAAUUAAUGUGUUCAGACAUUAUUAUUAUUUAUUUUUGAUGUCUAAUAAAUCUGUAUCUGAGUCCUUCGCAUUCCUACUUAUGUCGGCUGAUUCACAAAUUUCCAAUACCAAGUAUUAAAUCAAUUACGUUUUACGUACAUACAACAUUGUUACAUAAUUGUACCAUAAAGUUUGAAGUCAUCGAGUUGCUCUUUUAUGAAGAAGAAUUCGAUCAAGUUUGGAUUUCAUAAUCACCGAUAAAAUUUUACAUGCAAGUAAAACAUUUUCAGUGUACUUUGAUCUGUCAAUCAAAGAAGCUAUUCAAGAGAGUAAAUUUUUAUGGAAAACUAACUUGGAAGCACGAAAAGAUGAAUAUACACUGGUUGAUUACUGAGUUUCCACCAUUUGUUUACUACAGACUGUCUUAGUUACCAUGAUAAUUUGUUAUAUUUUUGUGAUAUGUUAAUAUAAACAAUACUAUUAGAACUGGUAAUUCCAACUUGAUACAUCUAGCUUUUUAUUCUUUGAUACUACUAGUUUUGAUUCUUAAAUUUAGAAGUGUCUUACAAAUUAGUUUAUGCAAACUGACUGAUCUCCAAAUAAAACCAUAUUUUUCCAAAAUGACUAUAAACCAAUAAAAAUGGUAGGAGUUACCGUGAACACUUUUUACCGAUAGACACUAGUGGUUCGAAAUUAUUAUUAAAGUUUAUCCAUAUAGAACUGUUUAUGACUAAUCAUUCUGUUGGAUAAUAUCAACAUCUAAAAUUAAUUAGAUAAGUGAAAACUUUUGAUAACUGGUUGUUGCUGAGCCGACAUGAAAAUGGCACAUAUUUCAGGACCAGUCUAACACUGCAAGUAGCACUUAUAAGCAAAUCGCUGAAUCUGCUUAAUAACUAAAAAAAUAAUUUUCCGUUAGGAAAGAAUAUUUAAAUUAAUAAUAAUUUCGUAGGAUUAAGUUAAUAGUAGUUGUUCCAUUCAAUGCUGUGUGCUUAGAAACGAAAAAAAAUCUAGUUUCUUUCAAGUUACCUUUUAUCAAGCUAAUCUACGAAUCUUCAAUGAAUACCGAAAAUGAAGAUCAAAGAGUUUCAUAGUUCACUUAGAUCCAAUAAGAUAACUCACCAUAGUACAUUUGGUUUCCUGUUGACUUCUCUGGUUCACCGGGUUUCCAUUCAGAAAAAAUGGAUUAAUUUAAGCUUCUAAUAUAGAAACUUACAUGCAUUUUUGUAUUAUGUGAGGGAUAAUAAAAUCAUACUAUCGU